AUGGCAGCCCAAGUCAAUGAGGAAGAGAAGGAGACGAAGAAGAUGACGGUCUUGGUCACCCUCCCUAGGCCAUGCCGUCCAGACUAUGCUCCGGACGCCCUAAAGGUCGUCGCCCUAGAGGUCUCUAGCGACGACACGGUGGCGAGCGUCAAGGCAACGCUCCACGACAUGGCGGAGAUCCCGCCGUCCCGGCAGCGCCUCGUGUUCGCCUGUUCGGCCCUGCCGGACGACGACGGCACCACGCUGGCCGAGCACGGCGUCGUCCAGUCGGCGACGAUCCAGCUCGUGGAGACGAAGAUGCAGGUGUUCGUGAAGAGGUCAUACGGCAGCACGAUGACCAUCUCCGGCGUAGAGACCAAUGACACUGUCGAGAGCUUCCGGCUCAGGGUGCAGGACCGAAGUGGUGGGAUCCGGCCGGCGUGGCAGCGGCUCCUCUGCAGCGGCAAACAGAUGGAGGACGGCCACACGCUCGCGGACUACGGCGUACGGAACGACACAACUCUGCAGCUUUUGUUGCGCUGGAUGUUCAAUUUGCGGACAAGGAAGGUCGAGCUGGACAUCGAUGUUAGGGACACGGUGGGCAGAAUCAAGGAACGGGUGGAGGAGGAGGAAGGUGUUCCGGUGGAGUGCCAGAGGGUCUUGUUGCGCGGCAAGGAGCUGGACGACGGCCGCAUGCUCGCCCACUACAACGUCUUGGAGGAGGGCACUUUUGUGAAGAUUGAGUGUCGGCGGCUGGAGGGAGCUGCAGCGACCAAUACGACGGCAAAGGGUGAGGGAGAUGAACGGGUGACGGUCAAGGAAACGGUUAAGAGACGCGCCAAUGUCACUGGCCUGGGGAAAAAGAACAAGGAUAUCCCGGCCCUGCAGUGGAGGCGUUUCAGUGUCGAUCUUUUAGGCCCAGAGCUAGCGCGGAUCUAUCCUUCGUCUUGUGACUUGGAUCCUGUUUGUUAG